AUGUCUGCCGUUGCCAAACAAGUUGCUAAGAAAGUUGAUUUCACCAAAGUUAUCAACAGUUUAGGAUUAUCCGGUACAACUGCCGGUUCCUUAUCUGCUUUUAAGAAGAGACAUGAUGAAGCCAAAAAGGAAAACUUGGAUUUAUCAGCUCAUAGUAUUGAUAUUGAUUUCAAUCAUUAUAGAUCAGUAUUAAAGAAUAGUAAAGUCGUCGAUCAAAUUGAAAGGUCUGUUAAAUCUUUUACACCAGUUACUAUUGAUGUUUCUAAAAAUUUAAAGAAUAUUGAAAUUUUUGAACAAAAAGCAAUUGAAAAUGCUCAAUUAACUGAAAAAUCCGUCUUGGCUGAAAUUUCUCAAUUACAACAAACCUUGAAGGAUAUUGAAACUGCUAGACCAUUUGAUGAAUUGACUGUCGAUGAUGUUAUUGCUGCUAAACCAAUUAUUGAAGAAAGAUUAACUUGGAUGGUUAAGAAUGGUAAAUGGGAAGUUCCAGGUUAUAAAGAAAAAUUCGGUGACUUGGCUCCUAUGUAA